ACUUCCCAGAAUGCCGUAGUUCCUUCUCGACGUAGCAACAACCAGUUACCGGGACAGUUCAUUUAGAUACAACUAAUAAAAUAAUGUAUUGUAUGCAAUGAAUAGGAACGCUUAGCCCUAACUCAUAAUUUAUGUAUUGACCAUGAGACCAGCGUCAUCCCUCUCUCUCCUUUAGGCCUUGCGUCAGUAGAAUUAGCUAACGUUAGCCGGCUAACUGUUAGCUUCAGUUAGCCACAAGUCGCUGGUUGUUGACACUUUCUGUCGACAUGUAUACUUUAUUAUCCGGACUGUACAAGUACAUGUUCCAGAAGGACGAGUACUGCAUACUGAUCCUGGGGCUGGACAACGCGGGAAAGACGACCUUUCUAGAGCAGACCAAGACAAAGUUCAGCAAGAACUACAAGGGGAUGAGUUUGUCUAAGAUCACCACCACAGUCGGCCUGAACAUCGGGACCAUCGACGUGGGCAACGCUCGCCUUAUGUUCUGGGACCUCGGAGGUCAGGAGGAGCUGCAGUCUCUGUGGGACAAAUACUACGCAGAGUCCCACGGGGUCAUCUAUGUCAUCGACUCAACAGAUGAAGAGCGCCUCUCAGAGUCAAAAGAGGCCUUCGAGAAAAUGAUCACCAGCGAGUCCUUGGAAGGAAUCCCACUGCUGGUCCUGGCCAACAAGCAGGAUGUAGAGGUACGCUCUCUUUUUGGGUCCUUUUCUUCAGGGUUGCCGAUAAAGCAUUCAUCAUGUUUCGUCUACAUAUGAACGUUCACUACAGAAACAGCACCACACUCUGCAGCCACAGAGAUCCUAGUGGCCACAAUCCUGCCAGGCUAACUCGUAUGAUUUUCUCAAUGGUGAGCACAUGGGAGGGCAUGUAGUCCACCAAAGAAGGAAGAUGGGAAAGGUCUGUUGAAAGAAAAGAUUUAGGUGGAGCUACUCGGCCAAAGUGCGCUCUCUGCUACCUGGUAGCCUUACAUGACGAAGACGAGCCACCAAGAGCCGCAUCGAGUAGUAGAGAGACGACACGUGGAGGAUCACGCUGUCGGUCUGGUUCUGUGUUUAGUACAACGGGGGCUCAUGCAUGAGGCUGCAAUUCGGGCCAUGAUGCCAAUUUUGAUGUGUUCCUACUCGAAGCCUGCUGAGCGUGGAACACCAAGGUGGACAGAGCAUUGCAGACAUUAGACAACAUAAAAAAAAAAGUUUUUAGAUAAUAUUCUAUAUUCUUUUUUUUAUCUUAUUCUUUUACAAAAUGCUGCCUCGCCAACCACUUCAAUGACAUUGUAUCAAUAGUUUGGUGUCGAGGUAAUGUUCAGUACGACACGACUUCAGUCUCCGUCGGGCGGUCGGCUUAGCUCAGGAGGUAGAGCAGGUUGACUUGUAACCGGAAGCCACUCUUCCCCCGAGUGAGACGCCUCACCUCACUGCCCCCGACCAGCCGGCUGACCCUGGCGUGGGGGACUCCACUCUAUGUAUGGUCCUUUGUAAGUCCAUUUGGAUAAAAGAUUCUGCCAAAUGUAAAUGUCAACUUGUGACAACUACGGAAGAGGAUUAGAGCCACACAUGUAAAAAAAAAUUAAGUCCUGACUUUAUUCUCAGAAUUCUGAGAAAAAAGUCAGAAUUCUGACAUUAAUCUCAGAAUUCUGACAUUAAUCUCAGAAUUCCGAGAAAAAAAGUCAGAAUUCUGUUUUUUUUCCUCAGAAUUUUGACAUUAAUCUCAGAAUUCUGACUUUAAUCUCAGAAUUCUGAGAAAAAAGUCAGAAUUCUGAGAUUAAAGUCAGAACUACGGGUAUCUGUAAGGACCAACCUCCGUGGGAGAGACACUUUGCUUUAUGCAGUAGGAGGAAACCUAUGGAAAGACAAGAAGGCCACAUUCCGGCCCUAGAAUGGCGCGGUAAAAGUGCAAAACCGCACGGAUUCCGUGCGGUUUGGCAAGAAUUCCGUACGGUUUCCGUACGGAAUUGAAUGACUAAUAGCGUGAAUGACUAAUAGCCGCGGCUAUUAGUCAUUCACUCCGGCUAUUCGUUAUUCACUCCGGCUAUUAGCUAUUCACUCCGGCUAUUAGGUAUGCAGAACGAGCCCUCCCUCUUCUUUGCUUGACCACUAAAUUUGAAGGCUGUCUAACCAAUCAGUGAAGAUAAAUACCAGACUAAAGUAACGCAUUGUCGAGACUAGAGCUGCAGUGCCUCCAUGUUUCGCCGUAACAUAAAGCUGUGUUGUCUUUACUAGUUUCACUACAAUGUAAUGACCACCACUAGCUAGUGGAAAAUACAUUUGUGUCUAGUACAGUGAUAUAUUUGUAUAUGUUAGGCUAUGUAUUGAGAUGGCAGUGUGCGAAAUACCCGUCAAUAUUCGGGGAUGCCCUCAUCCCCAGAUUGUUCUCGAUAUGCAGUAGCCAGCUAGGCCAUAACAUUACAAUAUUUCAUGGAUGCAAGCAAGCCAAGACAAUCAAUCUAUAUUUAUAGCCUACAUGAAAACACACACACGCACGCACGCACGCACGCGCGCACGCACGCACGCGCGCACGCACGCGCGCACGCACGCACACUUUAAACACACUGGCAAAUCAAUAGGAGCCUGCAUUGGCUAAAGUUGUUGGGAUGCACGUUAUUUUAUAACAGGGAGGGGAAAAGUUGUGCAUUUCAAUGCAAACACGACAAUAAUUGGCACCGUUCUUGCGCACUCAGAAGAACAUGAACUGAAUAAAUGCCAGGUAUAUAGCAUAUCGGAGACGGGCAAACCAUCAGUGCAUUUGCAAAUGAGAGCCUGCAGUAUGACCGAUCUUGUGACAUUAUUUAACCAUCCAUCUACAGCUAAUACGAUCAGACAGAUACAUCAUUGAUUACAUAUAAGCCCACAACAAGCCCAACAUCACCACGGCAGGUGCGCUCUCUCUCGCACAUUCACACAAUCACUCCAACUUCUCCAACUCCAAGGCAAAGCUGUUUCACUAGGACCACAAACAACCACAACUAACCAGCCUACAUAUCCACAACAAUGCACAACAAUCAGUUCUAUACAUUGCGUCUAUCUUCUGUUUGGCGCACACGGCUAAUUUGCAUACUUGCACAGGACUGUCGGCUCCGCUUGUCAAAAAAAUAGAAUGUAUUUGUGAAUACAUGCUUUGAAUUCUGAAUACUGGACUUGGUGAGCUUCGUAGACGGGCUCUGAUAAAGCAAAGUGUCUC